AUGACUGAUACACAACCAAUUCAAGAUCAAACAAACCUCACUAUCCUACAAAGAAGAAAACUUCGUAUUUUAAAUAACAACCAAGACAGAUUUAGUUUAAUUACUGGUGAGGUUGAUAAAAUUGAAGAAAAACCAAUCUCUGAAGAAGAUCUUAUUCGUCAACAAAAACAAAAUACUUCUAUUCAACAACAACAACAACAACCCUCUCAAACUGAAAUUAAAGAAGAAAGUCCAAUUGCCUACAAAUUAAAAAAUAUUGGUAUUGCAUUUUUGGUCUUAUUUAUUGGAACGUUUAUUGCUCAUUUUGCUGGUUAUUCUUUAUUACCUUCAGAAUUUAUAGAAGGGUUCAUUUGUUGUUUAUUUAUGAUAGUUGCUGGAAUUUUGUUGUUAAUAAGAAAAUUGGUUCAAUUAUUUUCUACACUACCUUUACUAUCUUCUCAUCAAGAACACUAA